GUGGUAUGUAGUUUCCAAAGAGUAAUGUAAUAUGUAGUUUCAUAUCUGUGUUCGAGUAGUAGUGUAUUAAUUAAUAGUUUCCUUUUGUUUUCAUUUAUUUAACUGUAAUUUUGAGGAUAAGCACUUAAUCACAGAAGAAUUAAUUCAAAAACACUUGUGACAUAGAGAAUAUUUGUGGGAGUUCCGUAAAUUGAGUUCUGGAAGGUUUUCAACUCAUACACCCGUCCAAUAUCAAGAUGGACUCCGUUGAAGGCAAUAACAAUGGAUACAGUGGAAUAAGUUCUGAAGAAAUGGCUACUGUUAAAGAAGAACCUAGCGCUGAUGAUCCCCUGUCAGAAACAGCUGAAUUGUCUUCGAGUGCCUUUGUUACAGCCGUAAGAGCUGAUAUUCAACGUAAUAGAAUAAUACUAGGUAGCAAGCCGUGUCCCAAAAUUAUGAUCAAGCCACUAUUUGUGUCAUUAGAAGAUUGGGGUGAUAGAUUGGAUAGGAGUUCUAGAUACUGCAAACAGUGUAUGAUAUUGUUCGUGACGAGAAAUGAUCUGGAUAUCCACAAGAUGAGUGCACAUUCGCUCCUCGUCCCAAUGCACAUUCCCAAAGAUGACCCACCAAAUCGCAACUCGAACCCGAAGAGUGACGACGUGAAUAUUCCUCGAAAAAAAUCCGCUUGUGUGUAUUUGGCGUGUGCAAUUUGUUCUUGUUAUUUCAAAUCUGAAAACGAAUACUAUAGACAUUGCAAUCUAAUGCAUAAAGCGUAUAGAGAUCCGAAUGUUGUGACUUCAUCACCCGAUAGUCCUGUGAAGUGUAAAUACUGCGGUCGCACAACUAAAAGUCCCGCUUUACACAAUAAACAUAUUCAGGGAAUCCAUCAAAGUGUAUACUCUAAACUCGGUGACAAUGAACAAAAUAUCAAUAAAAUAUCUAAAAAAACUGCUUUGAAGAGAAAAAAUAUUGGAUAUCCGGAACCGAAAGCAAAAAAGAAGACGCCAGUGUCCACUCCACCUUUGAAAGAAAUCCACCAAGUACCGAAUAAACAACAAAUUAAAAUCAAGAUAGAUGAAUUGUACUACUGCAACGUUUGCAAAUCGUUCAUGAGAAACUUAAGGGAUCGGGUAGACCAUCUUUUGAAGAAAUGUAGAACCAUCAAAAGCGAAUAUUUCUGUGUAACUUGUGGACUUAAAUUCAGCUGUUCUGAACAGCUGAAGUUUCACGAGGAACAACACACGGAAAGUAACAUUUCCUUCGAUGACUUUAUAUUUGUCUGUAUCAGGACUCUGAAAUCAUGCAAUCCGCCAUUACCGGAGUUCAAGAAAUGCAUAACUUGUAAAGUUCACUAUAUAAAUAACCAUAUAUCAUGCUCGAACACUCCUUCUAAAUCUUGUGAUCUCUGCAAGAAAAUUUUCACGAGUGAAGCACAUCCACUACAUCUAAUUCAUCAUAAUGCAAUGAAUGCAACACCUCCUUGGAAUAUAUUGUACAAAUGCAAAGUGUGUGAUGUCAUAACCGACUCUUACGAUAAUGUCAUCGAACAUUGUCAAAAACAUCUCAAUAAGAUGGAGGACUGUGACGUCACUGUUCACACCUGUGAAAUGUGCAAUCUUAAUUUUGAAGAGAAAUGCUACAAGCACCACAUGGAGUCACACGAAAAUCAAACCAUAGAUAGGAAUUCGUUAACGUUUCUGAGUUACGAUUAUCUUUGCAUGUUGACCGAUGAUUGGUUAAAAGUCUUCGAUCCUUUGCCCAAAGAACAGAUGAGGCAAAUAUUAAGGCACAGCAUUUACGUUACUUCAACUGUCAAAAUGACAGUGCUACAGGAUGGGCCUCCUAGGUUUACAAUUUAUAAAUGUCUGAGCUGCACAAAAUUCGUUGAUGGUGAGGACGUGUCCGAUCAUACAGCACUCAACAAAUGUAAAGAGAAAUCAAGUUCUGAAGGACACAAGUGUAUUAUAUGCAAUUUCAUUUUCGCCAGUCAAAAGGCCCAAAUGAAUCAUGCGUUCAUUCAUGAUUCAACGGAUCCCGUCACAGCCAAUACGUUCAGAAUUGUGACUUUCAAUCACCCCCAAGAUGCAAAUUACAACGCAGUUCUGAGAUCCAGUUGUAAAAUGAAAAAUAUAUCCGAACGUAUGUCCAAAAUAGCAUCUGGGUACCGAUUUAUUUACUAUCGAUGCGAAAAAUGUUACUGCUGCGUGAAAUCAAAAGCUGCAGGCAAAAAAAAUCAUGUGUGUGUUUCUGAAGAAAACAUGCGUUUGUGUCACAAAUGUAAUUUCGUUUUUCCUAAAACCGAUUUUCGGAUGCACUACCAUCAGAGACAUGUAAUGAUUAAUAUGACAUCAGACGAUGUUCUUAUACAGCCUUUUAACGAUAAUAUCAAGCCGGACGAAUGGAGGGUCAGUUUGUCGGAAUGCUCUAAAUGUGGCUUGAAAUUCCCGGCACAUUUAUUACAUAAACACAAAUGUAAUAAAAUGGAGGAGAAUAAGAACUCUGAUAAGAAUCGAAUUAAGAAACCAGAUUCAGCACAGACUAUGACUUUGUGUAAAAUAUCUAAAAAAACUGCUUUGAAGAGAAAAAAUAUUGGAUAUCCGGAACCGAAAGCAAAAAAGAAGACGCCAGUGUCCACUCCACCUUUGAAAGAAAUCCAGCAAGUACCAAAUAAACAACAAAUUAAAAUCAAGAUAGAUGAAUUGUACUACUGCAACGUUUGCAAAUCGUUCAUGAGAAACUUAAGGGAUCGGGUAGACCAUCUUUUGAAGAAAUGUAGAACCAUCAAAAGCGAAUAUUUCUGUGUAACUUGUGGACUUAAAUUCAGCUGUUCUGAACAGCUUAAGUUUCACGAGGAACAGCACACGGAAAGUAACAUUUCCUUCGAUGACUUUACGUUUGUCUGUAUCAGGACUCUGAAAUCAUGCAAUCCGCCAUUACCGGAGUUCAAGAAAUGCAUAACUUGUAAAGUUCACUAUAUAAAUAACCAUAUAUCAUGCUCGAACACUCCUUCUAAAACUUGUGAUCUCUGCAAGAAAAUUUUCACGAGUGAAGCACAUCCACUACAUCUAAUUCAUCAUAAUGCAAUGAAUGCAACACCUCCUUGGAAUAUAUUGUACAAAUGCAAAGUGUGCGAUGUCAUAACCGACUCUUACGAUAAUGUCAUCGAGCAUUGUCAAAAACAUCUCAAUAAGAUGGAGGACUGUGACGUCACUGUUCACACCUGUGAAUUGUGCAAUCUUAAUUUUGAAGAGAAAUGCUAUGAGCACCACAUGGAGUCACACGAAAACCAAACCAUAGAUAGGAAUUCGUUAACGUUUCUGAGUUACGAUUAUCUUUGCAUGUUGACCGAUGAUUGGUUAAAAGUAUUAGAUCCUUUGCCCAAAGAACAGAUGAGGCAAAUAUUAAGGCACAGCAUUUACGUUACUCCAACUGUCAAAAUGACAGUGCUACAGGAUGGGCCUCCUAGGUUUACAAUUUAUAAAUGUCUGAGGUGCACAAAAUUCGUUGAUAGUGAGGAUGUGUCCAAUCAUACAGCACUCAACAAAUGUAAAGAGAAAUCAAAUUCUGAAGGACACAAGUGUAUUAUAUGCAAUUUCAUUUUCGCCAGUCAGAAGGCCCAAAUCAAUCAUGCGUUCAUUCAUGAUUCAAUGGAUCCCGUCACAGCCAAUACGUUCAGAAUUGUGACUUUCAAUCACCCCCAAGAUGCAAAUUACAACGCAGUUCUGAGAUCCAGCUGUAAAAUGAAGAAUAUAUCCAAACGUACGUUCAAAAUAGCAUCUGGAUACCGAUUUAUUUACUAUCGAUGCGAAAAAUGUUACUGCUGCGUGAAAUCAAAAGCUGCAGGCAAAAAGAAUCAUGUGUGUGUUUCUGAAGAAAACAUGCGUUUGUGUCACAAAUGUAAUUUCGUUUUUCCUAAAACCGGUUAUCGGAUGCACUACCAUCAGAGACAUGUAAUGAUUAAUAUGACAUCAGACGAUGUUCUUAUACAGCCUUUUAACGAUAAUAUCAAGCCGGACGAAUGGAGGGUCAGUUUGUCGGAAUGCUCUAAAUGUGGCUUGAAAUUCCCGGCACAUUUAUUACAUAAACACAAAUGUAAUAAAAAGGAGGAGAAUAAGAACUCUGAUAAGAAUCGAAUUGAGAAACCAGAUUCAGCACAGACUAUGACUUUGUGUAGAUGUCCUAGUUAUAAAGCUGUGUUUCCCAAAAAUAUGUUAGCAAAGCACAAGAAAGAUUGCGUUUUUUACAAAACAAAAGACAAAGCGGACAGUGGUGAAACACAAAAAGAAUUGAUUUAUAAAUGUAAUGAAUGUGAUGUGUACAUGUUGAGCGGACAAGACGUUAGGAAUCACCAGAAGCUUAAUCAUAAACACCCAAUUACUCGACGCUGCUCGAUUUGUGGAUGGAGAUUCUCGAUAAGAUCUUAUCACAAACACGUGUCUUUACAUCAUAGGAUAUUGAAACUGAUUCGAAAGGACUUUUGUGUCGUUGAAUUCGAUCAUGAAAAACCACCGAUCGAAACCUCUAUUGAGAAUAACCAUAAUAUUCCACGCAACACAAAUAAAGGGGUUGAAAAUAUCGAAGACGCUGGAGAUCUUGAAGAUAAUGAAUGUAACAGAAAUAAUGAAAAUAGAAAUAUAAACUCUGAUGAGAAGAAAAUAUGUGCCGCAUACGCAUCGGUAGAUAAAAAAUAUGGACAUUAUAAAAAUACAUUGUUCCGAUGCGCUAAAUGUGAUAUACAUUACUCAAGUAUCAGAUCAUGGAUUCAUCAUAUACAGUCAAAUCACAAAGUAGUUGUUUACGUAGUGUGUCCUACGUGUGGUUUUAAAUUUACUAAAAAGUCAUUGGAAAAGCAUUUACUGUCUCAUGAGACACUUGAAAUUUGCAAUGUCAUAACCCCAGAAGAAACACAUAUUGUACCCCACGAAUGGAAACUUCCUAAGCGACUUGACGAUAAUGAAAUAACCACUUAUACCAAUGACAGUGUUGUAUCACAGAGUGUUAACCAAGACAAAGCGACGGAAACAGAACUUGAACAAACAACAGCACCAGAUGAUAAAACUGCGCCAGAACUUCAUGAGACUCUAACUUUAUUUAACGAACCAUCGCCUCAGAAAACGUAUACACAAAAAAUAUACAAAUGCAAAGAAUGCAAUGUGUACUUCACGUCUGAGCGGGAUUGCUAUAACCAUAUUAUACGUCAUGUUCCCAUAGAUCCUAAAGAAUGCAUCGAGUGUAAAUUUUGUAAACUGCCUUUUAAAAUUAUGGAAUUGGACGUUCAUCUCAAAAAACAUCAUAAUAAAGAUUUUGAGCUAGACGAAGUAAUAGUAGAAGAGUAUAGUAAUGUAGGUGGGGAACUGUCCAAAAUUGAAAUUUAUUAUGCCAUAGAUACAGUACAGUCUAAAUUGGUGAGUACUACUUGUGACGAAUUAGCGUCUACUGCUGUAAUGGACAUUGCAACUUCUAGAACACCUGAUGAUGCUGUUAGUACUAGUAUUGAAGAAUAUAAUGUAAAUAACGAAGAAAGAGCAAAACACAAAUCAACAAAACCAAAUGAUGGCGAAAUUGUAGACAUUAAAAUAAAACUAGAGAAUGAUGCCAAAAAAGAACACAAAUGCAGAUUCUGCGACGAGAUAUUCAACAGUAACACUUCUAAAGAAUUCCAUGAGAGUCUAGACCAUUUAGAUGUUGAGAAGGCGUGUGAGAUAUGCAAGUUAUCUUUUAACACGUCCAUACUAAAUGAGUUACAUUUAAAUAUCAGAAAUGAUACUUUUCAGUGUUGCCUGUGUCGAGAGACACUUGAUCUGCGAGAUAUGUCUGAACAUGCCAAUAUGCAUUUUAUAAAAAAAUAAUAAUAAAAGUAAUAAAAAUUG